CGGAUUCUGGUUUACUUCAACAAUUCCCAACAACCCCAACCACUUCAAACAACCCCCCCUUAUUCAUGGCUCUCUUAGCUCUUGGGUAUGGAUGAUAACGAUGAUGACUUUUUUUCCGACGAUGGUUUCGACGACUUACCCGCGGACGCUCUCUUGCAAUUGGAAGAGGAUGCGUUUCGCGCGACACAGGCCGAGAAAGCUUCACAGCCAGAACCCUCGACGCGAUUAAACAAGAUAUCUCGAGUCGCUAGCGAUCGCAGACCCGCCAACCGUAACAACGCGACCUUACAGCCGCCGGCGCAGCUACACACUGGAUUGACAAACGAUUAUGGUGCUUUGGGUGUGGGGGAGCUAGACGCGGAGGUUUUUGAUUAUGGAGCCAACGAUGAAACGGCAUUUGACGAGACGAAUACUUUUUCAGAUCCCCGUUCUGGCCGCCGCGAUGAUACCGUUGUGGAGGAUGGAGAUAUGGAAGUCGAAGGCGGAACUUUCUAUUCUGUGAUGCAACGGGAGCGCCAGGUGCUGACAGAACAGCUCCAAUGGGCAAAUGAGCGGCACACACACAUGGAAAGCGAAUUGGCGGCCGCUAAAUCCGCGGCGGAAACCAAAGCUGGGGAAAUCGCCAUCAUUCGGUCGAACCAGACGAAAAUCAUGGAAGAUUAUGAACGGCAGCUAGCUUCACUACGCAAGACAAUAGCUGAUGAGGCGGCAAGGCAUAAGGAAGAGGCUGAGGCUGCCCGUGCGGAGGGCAAGAUGCUAGCUACAGAAAACGCGUUUCUCAAGCAGGACUUAGCUGAGGAGAUGUUGCGGAUCAAUCAAUUAAAGGCGAAGACACGAUUAGAAGAUAAGCCACCGUUAACGCCCAAGAAGACUAAGGUUCUUCCUUUUCGAGAUGGGUUUGACGAUAGUGAAAUCCUAGCUGUCUCGCCUAGCAAGUCGGGACGGUCCAAACGAGUGACGCCAACGGUAACGGGAAAGAGGAGGAGGGGACUCAGCCAGGGUAGUCCAACACCACUACCACUUAGCCCUAGAGCAGAGCUUGCGACCAUUGAACUGGAUAUGUCGGAUGAUGCAAUGAUAGAUGUCGCAACGGAUGAUUAUCCUGUAGCAAAGGAGUCUAUCCCCAAACGCGAAGCUCGGGAUAUGCGGGUUGUGAAACAGAUCUUAAACCAUCAAUCAUUUUCACACGACAAGCCGGACCUUGAAGUAAUGGCUGAGUUGGCAUUCCCUUCCGAACCGCAGCGAAUGUUAUCCAGCAUCCUUUUGGAAGAAACGACCAAACUUGAUUUUGGCAACUAUGCGGCGGAGCAUAUGCAUGUAAUCUUAGUCCUAUGGUCGCGAGCGCUGAAGGAGAAGUUCUACAAGCCCAUCCCGAUAUUUAUGUCGAUCACACGGUCAAUCCUCGUUAUCGAUACCAAGUCUGUUUUGGACGUGGUCGACGAUUUGGUGCCUGUGCUACAAGACUCUGGAGAUGUUAAUGGGAUUCCGCGGUUUAAGCACUCGCCUGUUUCCCGCCAGAGCUUUGGCCAAGUACGACAAACGCCUAUAUCCCAUCUGGAGCCCCUAGUGGACUCAACUGAUGCUCUUGGGGUGCUGUACCAGAUAGCCUGCCGAUGCUUGGGUGUGGACCGUCAGUUGGAAAACUUCUGGCGGCACGUUCGCUACGAUUUUGUGUUGAUGAUGCUGAACUGUUCGCAACCAAUCAGUGAUAUUAGCCUCACCUUAAGUUUGCUUACGACGAGUGUCCGCCCCGAUUCCUUCGGAUCUAUUCAGGAGACUGAACAAGACCAGCAUGCGAACGAAAACUACAUCGUGGACCGUGUGGCGAACCUGUUGAGCGAGACGCCGCAGCCAGACGAGGGACAGGCUCCAUACCUGCGGUCGGAGAUCUGUGACUUGCGACUGGAGGCGCUGUCGUUUCUCAUGGCGGUAGCUUUUAAUCCUAUAUCGCCCUCGAGCACACACGGUAGUUUAGUGAUUGCGUCGCAUCCGACCGCAUUGGCACGGCUAAUUCGGGCGAUGCACGACGAGCUAGAUGCACUCUACUCAUUCCCACCCGAGAGGGACAUGCAUGCCUCAUUAGUAAAUGAUCUUAUGCGUUUGAUUUAUAGUGUAAUUCGACGACAUCCACAAGAGGCUAAUCUACAAUCCACGUUGUGCCGAGUGGCGGGAGGAAAACAGAAGUUUUUGGUUGCGCUAACGCGACUUGCUUUCAGCGAGGGCCUUGUUUUGGAAGCUGGGAUCGAGGAUGAGACGGUGGAAAUGGCACACGAGAUCUUGGAUGAUGCAGUCAAUCCCCAGGAAGCAGAGGCGUUGUUGGAGGCGUUUCCGCAUGCCAAGUUGGAUGCUGGAGAGAUGAAGGAAUAAUAAUGUUUAUUUAAAAUACUCACGUAGCAUUUUGCGUUGGAUGACUUACGGCUAAUGAUGAACUAACUAUUCAUACAAGAUCUUCAAACAUUUUCCACGAGAUCAUUACUGUCUGGGAUCAUAUAUAGCUUCUUCUCCUUACACAUGGAAAUCGAACAACUUACGCGAGUUAUAUUAUAAUAUCUACAGUUCCUACAAAGCU